AUGGCAAUGAUGGGUCCUGUCAAUUUCUUAUGGCAACAUGCGCCACGAGGAAAUAUGAGAACGAAUGUUGGUUAUGGUGCUUGGUUGUUAUUCCAAGCCAUUCUUUAUCAAUUUUUACCUACAAAAUUGAGUUCAGGUCAACUUACUCCAGCCGGAUAUCUUCUCAAAUAUCGUACGAAUGGUCUUUCAGCUUGGAUUGUCACUCAUGCUUUGUUUCUCAUUUCGUCAUGCUGUGGACUUUUAGAUCCGGCAAUCUUGGCAAAGCAUUGGCAAGCAUUAUUGAUUUCGGUCAAUGUUUAUGGAUUUUUGCUAUCUGGAUUUGCUUACUUGAAAGCUCAUUUGAGUCCAACUCAUGAAGGCGAUCGAAAAUUCAGUGGAUCUAUUUUGUACGAUUUAUAUAUGGGAAUUGAAUUGAAUCCUAGAUUCGGAAAGCACUUUGACUUCAAAUUGUUUCACAAUGGUCGACCUGGGAUAAUUGCUUGGACUCUCAUUGACAUGUCCUUCAUUGCAUACCAAUACCAAAUCCAUGGAUAUAUCACCAAUUCAAUCCUUCUGAGCACUUUUCUCCAUACUUUGUACGUUGUGGAUUUCUUCAUCAAUGAAGAUUGGUACCUUCGUACCAUUGAUAUUUGUCAUGAUCACUUUGGUUUCUACCUUGCCUGGGGAUCUAUGGUGUGGCUACCUUCUAUGUAUACCCUUCAAACUCAAUAUCUCUCAAUAAAUCCUAACUCCCUAUCACCUUUUGCCGCCAUGACGAUAUUUGCCUUAGGCGUUAGUGGCUACGUUCUCUUCCGCAGCGUCAACCACCAAAAAGAUCUCGCUCGUCGCACUAAAGGAAAGUGUCAACUCUGGGGUGCUCCAGCUGAUGUUUUACGCGUUACAUAUCGAACCAAAGAUGGAAAGGAACACGAAAGUAUUCUUCUUUGCUCCGGUUGGUGGGGUUUGGCUAGACAUGUCAACUAUCUGGGUGAUCUUAUCCUUUCAUAUUCCAUGUGUGCGGCUUGUGGUAUCAAUAAUUUACUACCAUGGACUUAUGCAAUUUUCAUGACGAUAUUGUUGAUUCAUCGUUGCUGGCGAGAUGAGGAAAGGUGUUCGAAGAAAUAUGGCAAAGGUUGGGAAACUUAUUGUCAGAAAGUUAAGUGGGUUAUUGUGCCUGGUAUCUAUUGA